UCGAGCGCUGAGGCGGUGACUGUCGGUGGGGGUCGGCGAGAAGAAGGCCGAGAAGCGGCGGCGGGUGUUGAUUCGACGCGGCUCCCGGCUGGAGGGAGAAGGAGGAGAGGAGGAGCGCGGACAUGGCCGCUUGUAACACCUGCGCAGCGGCUGCGCGGCUCCUCAGCUCCUCGCUGCCGUCGGCGCGGAGAGGUUUUACAUGUGGCCGUUCCUGCCUUCCUGUCUUAGGAAUAAUUGGGACUUUUGAAACUCAGUCGCUAAGGUCUAUUCCAUUUAGAACUUUUUCAGAAACGCCAGCAUACUUUGCUUCAAAAGAUGGUGCAAGCAAAGAUGGUUCAGGAGAUGGUGGAAAGAAAAGUGUUGGUGAGGGCAACAGUAAAAAGUCAAGUUCUGGAAGCUCUGGCAAAGGUGGAAACCAGCUGCGUUGCCCGAAAUGUGGUGACUUAUGCACACACGUGGAGACCUUUGUGUCUUCUACCCGCUUUGUGAAAUGUGAAAAAUGCCACCACUUCUUUGUUGUGUUGUCAGAAGCAGACUCCAAAAAGAGCAUCAUUAAAGAGCCGGAGUCAGCAGCUGAAGCUGUGAAGUUGGCCUUCCAACAGAAGCCUCCACCUCCACCCAAAAAAAUCUAUAACUACCUCGACAAGUAUGUUGUUGGCCAGUGUUUUGCCAAGAAGGUCCUUUCAGUUGCCGUGUACAAUCAUUAUAAGAGAAUCUACAACAAUAUCCCUGCCAAUUUGAGACAACAAGCUGAAGUUGAGAAGCAAAGCUCCUUAACACCAAGAGAAUUAGAAAUAAGAAGACGGGAGGAUGAGUACAGAUUUACAAAACUUCUCCAGAUUGCUGGCAUUAGUCCCCAUGGCAACGCGUUAGGGGCAUCAAUGCAGCAACAGGUGAAUCAACAGAUGCCCCAGGAGAAACGAGGAGGCGAAGUAUUAGAUUCAACUCAUGAUGACAUCAAACUUGAAAAAAGUAAUAUUUUGCUGCUUGGACCAACUGGCUCAGGUAAAACCCUGCUGGCUCAGACUCUGGCUAAAUGCCUGGAUGUCCCUUUUGCAAUCUGUGAUUGUACCACUUUGACUCAAGCCGGCUACGUGGGUGAAGACAUUGAGUCUGUCAUUGCAAAACUACUGCAGGAUGCAAACUACAAUGUAGAAAAAGCUCAACAAGGAAUUGUUUUCUUGGAUGAGGUGGAUAAGAUUGGCAGCGUGCCAGGCAUUCAUCAGUUGCGGGAUGUGGGAGGAGAAGGAGUUCAGCAAGGUUUGUUAAAAUUACUGGAAGGUACAAUAGUGAAUGUUCCAGAAAAGAAUUCCCGCAAGUUACGUGGUGAGACUGUGCAGGUCGAUACAACCAACAUCCUCUUUGUAGCCUCUGGUGCUUUUAAUGGUCUCGAUAGAAUCAUCAGCCGGAGGAAAAAUGAAAAGUAUCUCGGCUUUGGAACUCCAUCAAACCUGGGUAAAGGCAGAAGAGCCGCUGCGGCUGCAGACGUGGCUAAUUUAGGUGGAGAGUCCAGCACGCAGCAAGAUAUGGAAGAAAAAGAUCGCUUGCUACGGCAUGUUGAAGCACGAGAUCUUAUUGAAUUUGGCAUGAUCCCCGAGUUUGUGGGGCGUUUGCCGGUGGUGGUUCCGCUGCACAGCCUUGAUGAGAAAACCCUUGUACGGAUUCUUACUGAGCCCCGGAAUGCUGUGAUUCCCCAAUACCAAGCAUUAUUCAGCAUGGACAAGUGUGAAUUGAAUGUUACUGAGGAUGCUCUAAAGGCAAUAGCCAGGUUGGCUCUAGACCGCAAGACCGGCGCUAGAGGUCUUCGAUCUAUAAUGGAAAAGUUAUUGCUGGAACCGAUGUUUGAAGUACCCAAUUCUGAUAUUGUAUGUGUGGAAGUUGACAAAGAUGUCGUGGAAGGAAAAAAAGACCCAGGUUAUGUCAGGGCUCCAGCUAAAGAUUCUUCUGAAGAAGAGUAUGACUCAGGAGUAGAAGAAGAAAGCUGGGGUCGCCAAGCAGAUGCUGCAAACAAUUAAAAACUGUCAGACUGUUCGGCAGAAAAUGCACUUAAAUGUUUUCAUUUUUUGAGACUACACUUGGCUUUGCAGCCUAUUGAUAACGUUGGAUCUUUCCUGAAUAUGAUACAUGGUCAGAAAAUGUUGACAACGCUAAUGAAAAACAGAUCAUGUAUUUCUUGUAACAUCAUAUUGAUUUAUUCAGUGGACACUUGGACUUCAAUGAUAUAAUGUUCAAAAAUUAAUUGUAUAUUACAUUUUGCUCAAUUUAAAAAAACAAAAUAUUUUUUUUACUGCAUAAAAACAAUUUCUCUCCUGCAAAAUUCACCCCUUUCCCCUUUGGCUAUCUUGGGGAGGAAAUGUUUUGCUCAUUUUCCUCCACCGGGAGCACUGCAGAGAGAAGGCGCUACACACCUGUGCAUGAGUGGCCUGCAGCACGCUCCCUGUUCCCCCACACCUGACAUUUAGAUGACUGCAGCAGUACUCCAUUGUGAGUAUCUUCUCUCAACUUCAGCAAGUGGUGCCACUUUGUGGCAGUGGAAAAUAGCUCUUCUUUCUAAUAACAGUGACAUAGCCCGAUCUGAUUCUGCGUGACUAUGUGAGAACAGUCACUGAGAACAAAGGAAGUUAGUUGAGGGAGGGCAUUGAACUACUCUUGUUCUCAUCAUGUGGCAAAAAUUUGACUGGCUGUGUGACGUCGCUGUUACUAGGAUCUAGGGACUGUACUUAAUAUUUUUUUUAAAAAAAAAAGUGCCAGGGCUUUAAACAGCAGUAAGCCAGCAUGAAAAAAGUAAGAUUUUGAGCAUGUUUAGGGAAACAUUAGGCCCCUCAAAAUCCUGAUUUUUUGCAAUGGAAUUCUUACUGAAUAACUUUCAGCUGAACCCUAGCCUUUUCAGUUCUGGAACGCAAUGGAGGUAUUGCCAGUAGGUAAGGAAUUUUACAGUAAUGAUACUUUACAAAUUUGGCAUGGAAACUAACAUAUAUAAAAAAAUAAAGCUAAGCUAUUUCAAAUCUCUUUCUCUCCUUCAGUUUGGAGAUCAUUCAGAAUGUGUUAAAUAUCUCUUCUGCUUGAAAUGCAGUAGGUGCUAGAGGUACUUGUUACAUUUAUUAUGGAAGCUACCCUU